CUGCGCUGCUCGCCUCCCCCCCAUCGCCGUUGCUGCCCUCCUCCUCCUCCAACUUCUUUUUUUUCUGUUCCGUCUCCUUUUCUUUUCCUUCUCUUUCUUCUCCGCCGUUUCGACCUCUCCGACACCCCCGAGAUGACCGCUGUCCUCGCUGACCUCAAGCCCUUCGAAAUUGGCCUCCUGGGUCUGGGAGGUUUCAUCCUCCAUUCAUACCUGCAAAGCGGGAAGAAGAACGAAGGCGCUUUGCCACCCGGCCCAAGAGGUCUUCCUGUCGUAGGAAAUGUGCUUGAUAUGCCCAAGGAGAAGGAGUGGCUCACCUUCGCGGAGUGGGGCAAGAAAUACGGCGGACUAUGCUCUAUCAAGCUCCUCGGUCGACCCGUGAUCAUUGUCAACUCGAUGGAGGCCCUCGAAGAGCUGGACAAGAAGAGCGCAAUCUACUCUCAACGACCCCGUCUCCCAAUGGGAGGCGAGCUCGUCGGCUACGACAACACCCUCGUCUUGUUGCCCUACGGACCACGCUUCAGGCACUAUCGUAAACAGUUUGCGAGGUAUAUCGGCAAUGGGAAUAUCACCACCCAGCAUGAUCUAGUCGACGGUUAUACAAGGAGGUUCUUGGCAAGGAUCGCGAAGGACCAAAGCAACCUCAUUGGCGAGAUUCGGAAACUCGCAGGGUCCGUCAUCCUUCGCAUCACCUACGGAUAUGAAGUCGUCCAGGACGGUAAUGAUCCACUCGUUGACCUCAUUGAGGGCGCCAAUGAGAACUUCAACGCGGCGACGCUACCCGGCGCCUUCGUCGUCGAUUUCUUCCCCAGCCUCCUCAACCUUCCCGAAUGGCUUCCUGGUAUGGGCUUCAAGGAAACCGCGAGGAAAUGGAGGAAGGACACCGACGCCAUGGUUGAAGUACCUUUCAACAUGACGAAGAAGCAAGUCGCUGAAGGUACUGCCCCACCAUCUUUCGUAUCCACCAGCCUCGAGAUCCAAGAUACCCUCACCGAAUCCGAAAGGAACGACAUCCCCCUGGUCGCCGCCUCGCUCUACGGAGGAGGAGCAGACACCACCGUCGCAGCCGAAUACGCCUUCUACCUCGCCAUGGUCCUCCACCCCGAAGUCCAGAAGAAAGCCCAACAGGAAAUCGACUCCGUCGUUGGAACCGACCGCCUGCCCACCCAGGCUGACAUGGCCAACUUGCCAUAUACGCGUGCGGUUAUAAGCGAAGUUCUUCGAUGGAACAGCGUCGCCCCGAGCGGUGUGCCUCAUGUUGCGAUUGAGGAGGGUUGGGUUGGAGGAUAUUUCAUCCCUAAGGAUGCGAUGAUCAUCACUAACCUUUGGGGUAUCCUCCACGACCCUGAAAUUUAUCCCGACCCAAUGACUUUCAACCCCGAGCGAUUCAUGGGUCCCAACCCCCAGAUGGACCCACGCAAAGCAGUCUUCGGGUGGGGUCGCCGCAUCUGCCCGGGCAUGUACCUCGCCGAGGCAUCCCUCUGGGCUGUCGUCUCCAUGUCUCUCGCCGUCUUCAACAUCACCAACGUCGUGCGAGACGGCAAGCCUGUCAUCCCUGUUCACGAUAACACUUCCGGUACCAUCAGCUAUCCUAAACCUUUCGAAUGCGACAUUCGACCAAGGUCAAGCAAGGUUCUGUCCCUUCUCAGCAGCGAUUAA